ACUAUUCCUGCUGCCACCAUCCGAAGCAAUAGAAGAGAAGAGAACAGUUUCACCAAGAUUUCAAGUCGAAUGGAAAGGGAAAAUAGAGAGAGAAAAUGGCGUGCAAGAUUCAGCCAAUGAUGGCGCUGCAUUUUGUGUCAAACUCAGCACGAGUCUGCAGCUAUCGGUGAGUACAAAUGCACUUCACUGUCGGUAAUAUACAUGGAACACGCCCAUCACUGCAGAUCACAAAAAAAGAUUUGUCAGCAAUUACAAAUUAUGCACUGCGUCUAUAUGAAAACAUCUGCACUAAACACGUUGUUCAUCUGCAUUGAUCGGUGUUUCCUUCGGAUUGUUAUCUUUAACCAUAGGGUUUUCUUUCUGGAUAACGACGAAACAGUAGUAGGAAAAGAGCAAUGAUUGACAGAUUACCAGUCGAUAUAAUCGAGGCAAUAAUUAAUUUUAUAAUUGAAUCAGAUAACUAUCCUUUGCAUUCUUUGGAUAACGAACUCGAAAAUGUGGAUGUCAGAGCAACCUUCAUCAAUCCCAGCAUCAAGUAUCAGUACCUCAAUUAUUUCAAGUAUUUAAACAAUAAAACCAAUUCUAAUUUGCUCUCUUUAUCGUUGGUCAAUAGAAGGUUUAAUAAAAUAUUGAAAUACUAUUUCUUUAGAGCAUUUUCUUUUGUUAGAAAUAGUGAAUUUGAGUCAAAGUUGAAAAGAAAAAUCAUAGAACGAAAAUUUAAUAUCUGGUUGGAAAAUUUUAUUAAAUUAUAUUAUCGUGAUAGUAAUCCAACCCCUAACUUGAACAUAAACAACUCUUUUUUAAGCUAUAUCAACUUUUUAGAGAUUGGCUCAAAUGAUUUUUUUAAAUUGACGAAUAACUUGAUUUCCAAUGUUCAUAAUUUAAAACUAUUGGGCACUAUAAAUGGUAAUUAUAAACAUAUAAUCGAUAAUGGCUUGUUCAGACACAACAAAUUAUCUGCUGUUGAUCCCAAUAACAACAAUUCUCAUAAAUUAAGUCUAAAUUAUUUGUCAAUGACAUUAGGAGACUGGUAUUAUAUGUCAAUUGUAUUUAAUAAAGUUGAUUUGACAUAUCUCAAAAGAUUGGAUUUAUUAAUAGAUUUCAAACUUUUUGAUGCUCUGAAAGACCAAAAUGAUUUGAAUGAUAUAAGUAAUUUGAAAGUUUUUGAUUUUUUUUGCUUGAAUUUAUUAAAAAACCUAGUCGAAUUAAAUCUCUUUAUCAAAUCAACAUUUCUAGUUAUUAACUGGAAGUUUAUCUCGCAAUUUAUUCAAUUUUAUGCUCAAAGCUUGCAAAAAUUAUCAAUUAGACACUCUAAUAUUUCAAAUUCUUUAAGUGUUUCAAGCAUUCUAAAUAAUUUCAACACUAAUGAUCCAACUGCAAAUAAAAAUUUUGAAAAUUUUGAAUAUUUUUUUAAUACAAUCAAAAACAUGAAAAAAUUAUUAAAAUUAUCAAUUGAUUUUAAAUUGCUAAGACAAACCAAUUUAUCAGCUUAUUUGAAUUUGAAAAACCACAAAACUAUAAAAGCAAGCACUAUUGAAAACUAUACUGAUUUUGAUGGACUCAUUUUAGAAAUUGUUGAACCUGCUUUAAUAACACCACUAAUUAAUGAACAUGAAUCCUUAUUAAUUAAAUUCAUAAAAAAUUUGCCACCUAUUAACACAAUUUCAUUGGUUUUUGGUAAGCAGUUCAAUUCAAUUUAUAAAGGUGAAUUGUUAUUAUUAAAAAAUCUCAUAAAUCAUCUAAAAGAUCACAAUAAAUACAAAAUUCAAUAUAUUCAAUUGGAGUUUGCGUGGAAUGCUAUUGAUCAACAAUAUUUAAAUGAAGUUAAUAGUAGUAAUAAAUUUAAAAUCAAUCAAUUUGAUUUCAAUGGAUUAAAACUGACAUCACUUAGAAAUAUCAGAAAAAUAUAUAACCUAGAAAUCCCAUCUUAUUCACGAACGGAUUAUUGCUCACCUAAUUUCCGAUUACCAGAAAGAUAUAAAAUUUAUUAUAAAAGAAAUAGUUGUGACCAGGGAUUACGAGAAAAUCAAAUGAUUCUGGAUUUUGAAAAUCAGAAUCAAGAAUUAAAUGAAAAUGAAAAUAGCAGUGGAAAUACAUUCAAAAUUCAAUAUUAUGAAUUAUUAAUUGACGAUUUGAAUUGCUACAGACAAAGUGAGGAUUUUUGGAGUACAGAAAUUUCAUUCAAUGAUUCAACAACUUAUUCCGAACCAGUUCAAUUAUCUUCAAUUUGGGACUGAAGAGAAAAGAAACGGAAAAAAAGUUUUAAAAUUUUUCUUCAAACUUUUUGUUUCGUCGUAGAUCUAUAAUAAUAAUAAUUUUCACAUGUUUACUAUUGAUGUUUUGUUUUAAGUUUUCCUUAUUUUUUUUUUAUUUUUUUUUCUGUUCACAAGUCGUUUAAUGAAAGUAU